AUGUAUUCGUUUUUCGCCAGCACGGCAACCGCCGCCUCAGGCACCGGAACCAUUUCGGUGGCGCCCUCGUGCGGCGGCGCCCCGCUGCCGCCGCAUUCUGUCGGCGCGCAGGCGCACUUUACCGGCAUCCAGUCGGCCGCUGCCGUCACGCACCAGCAGCAGCACCAACAACAACAACAUCACCUCCACCACCACCACCUCCUCCCACUACACCAUCUCAAUCAGCAGCAACAGCAACAGCAGCAGCAGCAGCAGCAACAACAACACCAGCAGCAGCAGUCGGUCUCCACGGCCAUCAAUUGUUCCGUGGUGCGUGCUAUCGCCGCUGCUUCGUCGACGCAGCCGUCGAUCGUAGCCGUUUCGUCCGCACAACAAUCAUCGACCGUUGUCGCCGGGACGUCCGCCUCUGGCAAAAUGAAAGAAAUGCCGAAAUUGGUGAAACUUGCUCCCAAUGGAUCGGCCGACCGGUCGCUGCUACAAGAGUCCAAAAAGCGAAAAAGGCCGAUUGGGAAAAGCCACACUUUGAUCACCAGUAAACCAUUGACAAUAGUUGCUCCCACUCCGAUUGCAACAACCCGAAACGAAGACUCUGUUAAUUCGACCAAAUAUACAACGUAUGCGUCGCAGAACAAUCCGGCACUGGUUUUGAAAAAAAAAGAUUCCACUGUCCAAUGCAGUCAAACGACAACCAUCAAAACUGGCGUCAGUGGAAAUAUACCGGUGGGCAUAGCUGUUGCCAGACAAAGGUAUACUCAAAGUUCUUCCAACACGGAGGUUCAAAGGCAACGAGAGACCACUACGACGGUAUCGAUGCCCGAAGUCGUUCAUCAGUCACCGAUGCAGACAAUGGUGUUGUCCUAUAACGAUUGUUCCAUGACGACUGGGUCAACAGCAGGUAUUAACCGAUGGCCAUCGUCUGGGAGCUGCAGCAUUCCUCAAAACACUAUCGGAAGUCAAUGGAGUUUUCAAAACACUACGUUAAGAGCUCCUGCUUUGGAACAGCAGAACGUGCAGCCAGUCGGAUAUCAACUAGUCCAAGACCAAUCUGGCCAAUAUUUUCUUUUGCCUCAAAACUCUAUUGCCGGUUUAAUGACUAUGCCGUAUGAUUAUUGCAAGUCUGAAACACAGAAUCACCAUCAACCCAAUCAAGGCUAUACUCUGAUCCAACAACCACAGCAACAGAUGACUACUAUUUCACCUAUCUUAAACCACCAUCCACAGUAUACGUCUAUUGCAAGUUCGGGUUCAUACCUGAUUCAACAAGUCAGCUCUUCCACCCCACCGGCCCUCAUAAACACUCACCAUCAACUAACCGACAACACUACUCAUCAACAACCGUUAAUACAGUUGACGUCACCUGAAAAUCAGAUGAUUAUUUUCAACCAACAACAGUCUGCUAUUGUGGCUCAACCACUAAUAAGUCAUCUUCAACCGCCACACUCAGGACUGACUAUUGCAACUCAAAUGCAAUCUGGAUGUCAAAACCAAAUCAACGACAUACAAACAGUAUCUGAGUCUGUAACUGUCCAAACCAAAUUAGUACAGCAGUCAAUUACUGAGAAGAGUACAAUUUCAAGACACACGGAAGAAAAUGUGUCAAUUUCGUUGGACUAUUGUAACACUACCAUCAGUGAACCUGAAAAAGACUUAAAACAAGAUUUUUCAGCGCCAGAACAACUUUUGGAAUCUGAAGCGAUUGUAUCACAUGACGCUAGCAAUCAAACAGAUCUUCAAACUGAAGAUGAAACUUAUCAUCCAUUGACUGAAGAGAGUAAAGAACCAAAUUUCACUGAAAGUGCACAAGACUGCACGGAUAAUGACCAGCCUUUAACUGAUGGUGCUACUCAGACUUCUGUAUUAUCUAUAGCCGAGAAUUCUAAUACACCGGAUAUUACUGGAUUGGAGCUACUGCUGAAUAGUAUUGAACAGUUUGAAAAACGUAACUCUAGUGAACAAUUGGAUAGUUGUCAUAAUCAGGAAGUUGUAAUUAAUACUUUAGAGGAGGAAAAUGUACAAACAAUAGAUACCAAUGUUAAUACUGUAGAGGAAACAGAAGAAAAAGGUGUGAACAAGAUUGAUUUGCUUUUGUUGGCUGAGCAGUUUUUGGAAACUGAAAAAUCCAGUGAGACUUCUGAACAAGACACUGCCAAUAAGAGUUACUCAAACAAUAAUAAUUUAACUGAGGCAAAUGAAUGCAGUUAUGAGUUUGAAGAAAAUACUACUAAACCACUUGAGGUGACAAUGAAUAAAAAUGGCACUAAAAAAGUAUACACCAAAAAAUCAUUUUCUCAGACUAGCGAUAUUUUCCAGUCUGUUGACAAAUUAAAAGUUAAUUCAAAAAUAGAUACAAUAAAAAAGUCACCUAAUUACUCUAAAGACAAAGUUCUGAAUCGAAAAGUAUCUGAAUCAAGUUUGUCAUCAUCUGGACAAGUAAAACGUGGACCAGGUCGUCCAAAAAAGGUAUUGAAGUGUGACGAAGGAAAUAACAAUAUUUGUAAUAAUGAAGAUAUUAAAGAAAAACGGUUGAAGUUGGAUUGUAAUUCAAAAACCAAACACAAGACUUCUAGUUCCUCAUCUUCAGAUCUCUCUCCUCCUGUGUUGGAAGCAUGGAGUCUUUUUUCACCUAGAAAGGUUUCUACACCUAGCCCACCUACAUUAUCUCCAGCCUCAUCAAUGGCUAAAUUGUCUGAUGUUCAAAAAUUAUCAGAUGAUGCUAAGGUCUAUCAGAAAAAAAUUGUCAAAAAACGCUGUACAUCAUCAAUUAUUAGUGAGGAUGAAUUUAUACCACCCUUGAAGAAACGAAAAGUCGGACGACCAAGAAAAAUUCAAAAUCCUUUUGAUGAAGUCAUUAAAAAACAUCUGUCUCUAACUCCAAAGAAAGAAAAACCAGUUUCUAUAUCAUCAGGCUUGUUAAGUAGGGUUUCAACAAUAAAGAUUAACAAUAUAGAGACACCAUCUUCUGGCCAAUACAAAAUAAAACCCAAGUUAAAGGCUGAAGUUAAAAUUAAACAUUGGGAUGUGGAAGAUGAAGAUGACGAGAUCCAAGACCAAGACGACAUAUUAGCAAUGCCAGAAUAUGUAUGUAAAAAACGCCGAAUAGCUGAUGCAUUGCACAGAAUGUCUCCAUGUACUGUCAAUAAGCCAGCAGUGAUUCCUAAGAAAAGAAAGUUUUCAAAUGUAUCGUUAGACAGUGUAGAAAGUUUAGACGAUGCUGUUUCACUUUCGCAAAGAGACACAUCAUAUAGCUCUGUUCCCGUGAGAAGCCAGACUUCAGAGUCGUCUGACAUUUCUCUUGAACAAACUAAUGAAGAACGGGAUAGUUCUACUACGGUCGAACUCGCUGAACGACAAUGCAUACCCGUCAGUCCGAGUCGACCGGAUGUAGAAAUAACUACCGUCGAUGAUGACCAUGAAAGAAAAAGACUGAAAAAGAAACGUAAACAUAGAAAACACAAGCACAGUCACGACGAAUCAAGAACCAAACAUAAACACAAACACCACAAAAAACAUCACAAAAAGCAUAAGCGACAUCGAGAUUCUGAGUUAGGGCUUUCUGUAUUUGAACCACCCACUCUGUCACCUCAGAGACUUAUUGAAGACACCAUUGAAGAGGAUGAUGACGAUGACGACAACGAUGAUGACAAAUCCAAAGAAAAUGACUCCAGUGAAGUGGAAAGCAGUGAUGUACCAACAUUUUUGUCUGACCAGCAAAUAUGGAAAUGGUCAGGUGACAGUUAUAAGCGUCCAGGUCGCGGUGGAAAUAAGAAGACCUUUUAUAGGUCCAUCAGUAGAGGAGACGAAACCAUAAGUAUUGGUGACUGUGCUGUGUUUCUAUCUUCUGGUCAACUGGAUCGACCUUUUAUCGGUAAAGUUAACUGUAUGUGGGAGACGAACCAGGAAAAAAUGCAAGUAAAAGUAUUUUGGUUCUAUCACCCUGAAGAGACGGCUAGUAAUUUUACUGGAAACCUACCAUACCCGGGAGCAUUGUUCAAAUCACCUCAUAAUGACAUUAAUGAUGUACAAAGCAUUAUGAAUGGGUGUCAAGUGGUAUCAAUAGAAGAGUUCAGGUCAAUCAUUGAAAAGGAUGAUAAACGGCUGAAGAAUAUUUAUGUUAAUAAUGAUCUGUUCUAUUUAGCCGGGGACUAUGAGCCAGUCAUGAAAAUGAUUAACUUCAGUGAUGGUGUAGUGUUGAAACCGAGUGAUACUUGA